AUGAUCAUACUCAUGUGUUUCAUUGCCAUUUUCAUUCAUGUCUCAAGCUCCGAAUGCAACAAAAGAACACCAACAUGGGAGGAGAAACUUAGGAGAGACAUACCAAACUACAUUUUGCACCCCAAUCAACAGUGUGUAAAUAGUACCGUAGCUAUCCACUUCAAUUUGAGAUACUACACGUUUGACGAGAAAACCCAGGAGUUCUACAUCUACAGCUAUAUGAUGCUAAAGUGGUUCGAUGACUCUUUGAAAUGGAACCCGAAAGACUACGGCGGAAUCGACAGAACUACUGUCAGAACUGCGAUGAUUUGGACCCCAAAGAUUAUUCAGAUGGACGAUGACAGCGACAUAUUUAUUUCACUGCAUAAUUUCUACACGUCAUCGUGUAUGGUAUAUCACGAUGGAACGGUGACGUGUAUCCCAGAGAUGAGACAUUCGGGCGAAUGCCAAUCCAGGAUGAAGGACUGGCCCUACGACACACACAUUUGCCAAAUAAAAUUCGUCGAAAAAGAUGUUAGGAUCACAAGAAAUGGUACCACCGGUAUUUCGACGAAAGACGCCAAGGAAAGCGCUGGAUGGAAUAUAAUAUUAAGUGCCUACACCGAAUCUGAUGAAAAACCAGAUGAAAUAACUCUAACAUUCGUGAUAAAGAGAGCAGCGGAUGGCUUAGCAGCUAUAUUUGUAAUUCCACUGAUAGUUAUAGCUGCAUUAAAUAUAACAGCUAUUUUAAUAGAUAUUGAUAAUAUCCUUCGCGUUCACGUUUUGGUUUUUUGUUUGAUUUCUUGUGUGAAUUUUGUGACUGAAAAUUAUCCGAAAUUUGGAUCCGAUGUGCCGAAGAUAUUGAUUUUCUUAAGAACUUCCUUCUUUCUGAGCGCGCUGUCUAUUUUUUUCACGUAUAUUUUUAAAAACUUGAGAAAAAAAACGAAUCCUCCGCCAAGUUGA